AUGACUUUGUCCAAGAGACGUGCUUUAGAAACACUUCGCCGUUUACGGGAAGAAGGAGGGUCUCGUCUUCAAGAAUAUGAGAUUCAAGAGCCAAGUAUCAUUUAUGAUGAGGUUACAGAAGAAAUUUAUCAAUCCGAAGUUAAGAAAGUGACAGAAAUGGUCGUCAAUGAUGAUGGCACUCAAUAUAUAACAGAAGAAUUAGAUGAUUUGGGACAAAAAUAUACUGAUGAUUCGGAGUAUGAGGAUGAUCCAGCAGAUGGGAAACGAAAAAGAAAAUCUUUAGAGAACAUAACUGAUGUUAAACCCAAUACAACUAUCAACAAUUACUUUUUACGUGCAGCCAUUUCAAGUAAAAUGACAAAACCUAAAAAUACAAAGUCUACCAAAGAAGAAUCCGAAUUCAUGUCUGAUCUUCUACAAGGAAUUGUUGAUAAACAAGAGAAAUCUAAUCAAGAGUCUUCGUUUGACAACGAAAUUCGUUAUCAAAACAAAAUUGUUGAUGAUAAACAAGAGAACUUUAUUCAAGAAGAGCCUUCAUUUGACGACGAAUUUAGUUGUCAAAACAAAUUCGAUAACGUUUCUUUAAAUCAACCGAUAAAUUCGAAUAAUGAUCAAGUCAAAUGUCCCAUAGAUAAGGAAUUCAUUCAAUCGAUGCAAGAGAUAUCAUUUGACAAUGAAUUUUGUUAUCAAAACAAAAUUGUUGAUGAUAAACAAGAGAACUUUAUUCAAGAAGAGUCUUCGUUUGACAAUGAGUUUAGUUAUCAAAACAAAUUCGAUAAUGUCUCUUUAAAUCAACCGAUAAACUCGAAUAGUUCCUUAAAUGAUCAAGUCAAAAGUCCCAUAGAUCAUCAAUCAAAUAAUUGUUACCAAUUAUUUUGGAUAGAUGCAAUCGAAAAGGCCGGAUUAGUAUAUAUAGUUGGGAAAGUGUUUGAUAGUAAAUGCAAUUCAUAUAUAAGUUGUUGCGUCACUGUCAAAAAUAUCCAUAGAAACAUUUUCGUAUUGCCAAGACAAAAAAAACUUGAUGAGAAUGAUCAUGAAACUGAAAGUGAAGUGACAAUGGAAGAUGUUGGUAGCGAAAUUUAUAAUUAUGUUAACAUGGAAUUAAAGGUUUUGCAACUUUUCACGAAACCAGUCCGCCGUAGAUACGGAUUUGAAUUACCAGACGUUCCUGCAGAAACACAAUACUUGAAAGUGAUGUACCCGUUUAAACAGGAAGCUUUACCUAAGAACUUGAGUGGAAAAACCUUUAGUCGUGUUUUUGGUACGAAUACUUCUGCACUUGAGUUAUUCUUAUUGAAACGCAAAAUUAAAGGCCCAUGUUGGUUGGAAAUAAAAGAUUCGUUGGUAGAAACUUCAAAAAUUUCAUGGUGUAAACUUGAGCUUCUCGUUGAAGACCCUAAAAGCAUUAACCCUUUGAAUGAAUCGAAUUUGACCGAGCAUAUUAAACCACCUCCAUUAACAAUUAUGUCAUUAAGUUUAAGGACAAUAUUAAAUGAACAAAAGCAAGUUAACGAAAUAGUUGCUUUUAGCGUACGAUUUUAUCCAAAAGUAUCAUUGGACGAAACCGUUCCGCCCGAACAGUUACAGCAUCCUACACAAUAUUCUGCAAUUCGUCAAUUGAAUAACCAGCGAUAUUGGCCUCGCUCUUUCGAAGAGCUCGUAAGGGAAGAAAAGCAAAAAGGACUUCGUUUAAAUUUGGAAACGAAUGAAUUUUCGUUAAUCAAUUACUUAUUAGCACUCAUCAAACAGUACGAUCCUGACAUUUUUGUUGGACAUAAUUUUAUUGGAUUUGACCUUGAUGUUUUGUUACAUCGUUUAAAGAUGCUAAAGAUUAAAGACUGGUCUUGUCUUGGAAGAUUUCGAAGACAUGAAUGGCCAAGGCAACAUAGUGGGUCAGAGGUAUCCUUCGCAGAAAAAUCGAUCGUAAACGGUCGACUGAUUUGCGAUACCUAUCUAAAUGCAAAAGAUCUUAUUAAAUCCAAAAACUAUUCAUUGACGGAACUUGUUUCGUCACAAUUAGGCAAACUUCGAAAAGACAUUGAAUAUGAUAAAUUUUCAACGUAUUACGGACGAGCUAAGGAUCUAUUAUAUCUAGUAUGUCAUUGCUGGAAUGAUGCUAUUCUCACAGCAGAACUUAUGCUCAAGCUUCAGAUACUGCUCCUUACUAAACAAUUGACGAAUUUGGCUGGCAAUAUAUGGUCAAAAACUCUUGCUGGAGCUAGAGCAGAGCGUAAUGAAUUUCUUCUCCUACACGAAUUUCAUCAACACAAAUAUAUUUGUCCAGACAAAGAAUAUAAGAAAAAUCAAGAGCAAAUUAAUACGAAUGUUGAAGAUGAGCAGACCGAAACCAAAAAGAGUGGACGAAAAAAACCUACUUACGCUGGAGGUCUUGUGCUAGAGCCUAAGAAAGGAUUUUAUGAUAAUUACGUUGUCCUUUUGGAUUUUAACAGCUUAUACCCUUCAAUUAUUCAAGAAUAUAAUAUAUGCUUUACUACAGUAGACAGAGUUGGAAUGGAGAAGGAUGAUAUUACUCCUGAGGUACCUGAUUCGAGUUUACCACAGGGUGUUCUCCCUAAACUGAUUGCGAAUUUAGUUGAGCGAAGAAGAAUGGUAAAAAAUCUUAUGAAGGAUCCAAAAGUAACCCCAAGCGAACUUGUCGAAUAUGAUAUUCGUCAAAAGGCUCUUAAACUUACAGCAAAUAGUAUGUAUGGUUGUUUGGGUUUUCCUUUCUCCAGGUUUUAUGCCAAACCGUUAGCUAUGUUGAUCACUUCUAAAGGUCGUGAGAUCCUGGAAAAUACUGUCAAGUUGGCUGAGAGCGAAAAGAUGGAGGUCAUUUAUGGAGAUACGGAUUCAAUUAUGAUUAGCACUAGAGCAACAGAUAUAAGAGAAGCAUCAGAAGUUGGUAAUAUCUUAAAGAAGAAAGUCAACGAGCGAUACAAAUUGGUUGAACUUGAAAUCGAUGGGUAUUUUGAGAAAUUACUUCUGCUCAAGAAGAAAAAAUAUGCGGCAAUCGUUAUUGAAGAAAAAAACGGUAAUUUGAAACGUUCGUGUGAAAUGAAAGGUCUCGAUUUGGUUAGAAGAGAUUGGUGUGACUUGGUGCACCAAAUUUUAUCAUCUUGUGAUAGAGAAGUAGUAGUUAAUAAUAUUCAUGCUUACUUGAGAGAAGUGGGAGAGCACACACGUUCCGGGAAAUACCCUAUUUAUUCCUUUAUAAUAAAUAAAAAUCUUGCAAAGCCACCCGAAGCUUAUCCUGAUGUUAAAAUUCAACCCCACGUGCAAGUUGCAUUGAGAAUGAAAACGAAAGGAUUAAAUCCUCGAACGGGAGAUACUAUUCCAUAUGUCAUUUGCCUAACGACUGAAGAAUCUGAUAAAAGUAUUGCUGACAGAGCUUUUCAUCCCGAUGAAAUAGGCGGAUCUAAUCUACAAAUUGUUCAUGCUUCGGUAUCUAGAUUAUGCGAACAUGUUGAUGGAAUUGAUAAUGUAUCUAUCGCCGAAUGGUGUUGA